GAUGGGCGGGACUUCCGGUUCCCCAGUUUUCUCCCCAGCUUCCGGCGAGGUCCAGAAGACCGGUUUAUGUUCUGAGUUCUCGGAGGAGCCUCCCUCUGCGCGUGACCCGGAGAUGUCCGCUCUGGCUGCCGCCAGCUGUGACUCCGACUCCUCGAAAAAGGCUGAGGAGAAGAAGCCGCUGAAACCGUGCUGCGCAUGCCCGGAGACGAAGAAAGCCCGGGAUGCCUGCAUCAUUGAGAAAGGAGAAGAACACUGUGGACACCUAAUUGAAGCUCACAAGGAGUGUAUGAGAGCCCUGGGAUUCAAGAUAUGAAUGAAAAAAA